AUGUGACUUACAGUUACUUAACAUGCAGUACAAGUGAUCUCCUGCAACUAAUCAUUACAGAGCCUUCUCUGUCACUCAGUGUUGAAUAACCAACAUUUUAUAAUAAAACCCCACCCUUAAUAUCAAAGCUGCAUAAAAGAAGAGCUGUUCUUCAUUUGCUCUGCACAAAAUAAACAGUCAUCGACUGAGAACAGAAGAGCUGAGGGGAAAACCUAGGCAACGACAAUGAACUGGGCUGGGUUAAUUAUCUUUGUGUUCUUUGUUCUGACGCCUAGGAUCAGUUAUUCUAAACCAACUCAAUGCAAAGAAGUAAAGGAAUGCCUCAAUUAUGAUAUUGUUUGUGAAACCCCGGAUUAUGAGGUUCGUCAUUAUAAUGCUUCAAAAUGGGUUGCGACCAACAUUACAUCCCUCUUAAUGGAAUUUGCUGGCUAUCAAGGAUUCACAAGGCUUUAUCAGUAUAUCCAGGGCAAAAACGUAGAAGGCAAACGUAUCGACAUGACAGCUCCUGUUCUGCUUAAGAUACCUCAAAAUGAAGGAACAGUGGAAUUCAAGAACUACAUCAUCCAUUUUUUGAUACCAGUUAAUUAUCAGCAGAGCCCCCCAGCACCCAUUGAUACUAAUAUUUAUUUCAUUGACUUCCCAGAUAUGUAUGCCUACGUGAAAUCCUUUGGUGGUUGGUUAUUGACAUUGAAUUCAAAAUUCUACGCCUCAAAAUUAAAACAGCAGCUGAAUAAUGCUGCCGAGCGCUAUGACUCCAGUUAUUAUUAUGGCGCUGGCUACAACAGUCCGAAGACAUUAGUUGAUCGGCAUAAUGAAGUGUGGUAUAUUGCGGAUGGAGCUCCAGUGUGUUCAGCUCAAGCCCCAUGACCUCACCAAUAAGAACUUUCGUGGGACUUGUUUUCUGAUCCAUGGUAUAACUCAUAAUAUCUGUAACCAUAGCUUUUCGAUUUUAGCUUCAUAGAAAGAAACAUGAAAUUAUUAUCUGCCUGGGUCAAGGGAUCAUAUCUAAUGGUGUACUCUUUUUCUGCUUCAAAGAUGCAAUGAUCAUUAAUUCCAAUCUUAGGACUGGCUAGGGACCAUGAUAUAAAGUAUCCUCACCUAAAACCAAGCUUCAGCAUAAAACAAAAGAAAAUGCCGAAAAUUCUCAAUAUGUUGGCAGUAUCUGUGAAGAGACAAACAAAGUUACCAUUCCAAGUCGAUGACCUUUCAUCUUCAGCAUAAAUGUUUUGUUUAUUCAGCUAACUACUAUCCUACUUCAAUUCAUAUUCAAUUACUAGAAAUGGUAGCGUAUUGGUUAUCUUACAGGACAAAUAAUCUGUGUUCAAAACCCACAUGACAGCUGGGGAAUUUUGAUUCAGUUAAUUAAAAAAAGAUCUGGGAUAAAAAGCUGGUAUCAGUAAUGACCACCAUGUAGCCUACUGGGUUUGUUUUAAUUAGCUACCUAAAUAACCCUCAAUCAUUGGUUGAAACUGAUGUAUAAUCAGCUACUAAAGAUGUCCAACUUGUCCUCUCUAAACUUUGUCUGAUUAGUUCUGUGUAAGGAGCCUUUACCCAACACUUCAUGGCACAAAAAAUCACAACUCAGUGCACAACUCAAACUGCAAUUUGGUUAAGAUUUUUUUUCUUUUAAAUAUAUUUUGUUCCUGAGCCACAGACUGAACUCGAUGUAGGACCAUCUAAUAGAGGAGCUGAAUAAAUUACACUUUGGCUUCUGAAAAGUAUUAUUGACAUUAAAUAAUUACCUGUUCAAAUUUUUCAUUUUAUACUUUUCCAGUACUCAGUCUCUGCUACUGGUUGGUAAUGGACCACAAAACUGCUCUUGGGGUAUCCUGAAACAAUAAAUUGAAGAAAUACAAUAUAGUAACGUUCAUACUUUAACUCCUGGCUUGUCAGAUUUUGAAGGUUAAUUUCUUCUGCCUUUAGACCUCAGAUCAUGGAAAGGUUCUACAAAUUUCUUGAAUGUAGGCUAUUUAAGAUUCUAUUCUGAUGUCCUUCCAGAUGUACAUCAGAAAUAUUGGAAGUAAAUCACAGAAUUAUUACAGUGCAGGAGGCCAUUUGGCCCAUCGUAUCUGCAUCAGUUCUCCGAAUAAGCAAUUCACCUAGUACCAUUACCCCACCUUCUCCCUGUAAUCCUGCACAUUCUUCCUUUUCAGAUAAUAGUCUAAUUCCCUUCUGAAUGCUUCAAUUGAACCUACCUCCACCACACUUUCAGGCAGUGCAUUCCAAACCCUAAUCACUCGCUCGUAAAAAAGUUUCUCCUUGUAUCACUUUUGCUUCUUUUACUAAUUACUUUAAAUUUGUACCCUCUAAUUCUCAAUGCUUUCAUGAGUGGAAACAGUUUCUCCCUAUCUCCUGUCCAGACCUCUCAUGAUUUUGGAUACCUCAAUCAAAUCUGCUCUCAACCCUCUUUUCUCUAAGAAAAACAGUCCCAACUUCUCCAAUCUAUCUUCAUGACAUAAGUUCCUCAUCCCUGGAACCAUUGUUGUGAAUCUUUUCUGCAUCCUCUCUAAUGCCUUCACAUCCUUUCUAACACGCAGUGCCCAGACCUCGACAUCGAGCUGAGGCCAAAUUAGUGGCUUAUAGUAAUUUAACAUAACCUCCUUGCUCAUGUACUCAAUACCUUUAUUAAUAAAGCCUAGGAUACUGUG